CAACCACAUCUCUCUUUGGAUUCAUGAAUAAUGAUCGAAACGAUCGUAACGAGGGCAAAAACGCUGCAAGAAGUACAGGUAAGCAUUAUCGUAAGUGAUCAUCUCCGAAUUCACGUCCUCUGUUCGGCGAUACGGCAUUUGCACCUCGUGGCCUGACUUGGCAGCUUGCAUCAUCUUCAAGCUCCCCUCUCUUCUUAUUUGUGCAAAGCUUCUUUGCCUCUUACAACACCUCCUCCUCACCUCAAUAGCAUAAACAAACUUCACUUCUCAACACGAACAAUAUCUAUCAUGCCUCCAAAGAACAUCCUCCUCCUCGGCGGCCACGGCAAAGUCUCCCUCCUCAUGACGCCCAAACUCCUCUCUCGAAGCUGGAACGUCACAUCCGUGAUCCGAAACCCAGACCAGAAAUCCGAAAUACUAUCCGCAGGCAAAAAUGGACCCGGCAAGAUCUCGGUUCUAAUCGAGAGCAUCGAAGACGUAAAAUCGCAAGCCGACGCUCAGAAGAUCCUCGACAAGGUCAAGCCCGACACCGUAAUCUGGUCUGCGGGAGCUGGUGGAAAAGGAGGCGUCGAGAGAACGAAUGCCAUUGAUAGGGAUGCGUGUAUACAUUUUAUCCGCUCGGCGAUUGCGACGCAGAGCGUGGUAAGGUUUAUGGUUGUUUCGGCGCUGAGUAUUAGGAGGAAUAGGGCGCCGUGGUUUGAUGAUGAGAGCUAUGCGUUGAUGACGAAGGUUAAUACAGAGGUUAUGCCGGGGUAUUACAAGGCGAAGUUGGCGGCGGAUGAUGUGCUUGCUGUGGAGGGGAUGGAGAGGAAUAAGAAGGAUGGGUUUGGGUGGAUUAGUUUGAGGCCGGGGAGGUUGACGGAUGAUGCUGAGGUGGGGAAGGUUAGUUUUGGGAAGACGAGAGCGAGAGGGGAGGUUACAAGAGCGGAUGUGGCGGAGGUUGGUGUCGGGUUGCUCGAGAAAGAUGGAGUCAGUGGGUGGUAUGAUUUAUUGGGUGGAGACGAAGAAGUUGGUGCUGCGGUAGACAGGGUGCUGAACGAGAAGGUGGACUGUAUGGAGGGAGAAGAUCUUAAAGAGAUGAGAAAGAGUGCUGCCAAAUUGUAAAGUACUAUUAUUUCAAUCGACAUGGCUUAAGCUUGAUCAAUCUUAACGAGCCUAGUGAGUUAAGUUUGUGCACUUCAGGCUCCUUUUCAGGCAUCAGAAAACCAAACUCACCCACUUUACUUAAAC